AUGCCUCCCAAGUCCGGUAAGAAGGCCGCCCCGGCCCCUUUCGCCUCUAAGGCAGGUUCCAAGAAGACACCCAAGAACCCCCUUAUCGAGAAGCGAUCGCGCAACUUUGGCAUUGGCCAGGACAUCCAGCCCAAGCGAAACCUCUCCCGUAUGGUGAAGUGGCCCGAGUAUGUCCGUCUUCAGCGCCAGAGGAAGAUCAUCAACCUCCGCCUGAAGGUCCCCCCAGCUAUCUCCCAGUUCCAGCACGUUCUGGACCGCAACACUGCUGCCCAGGCUUUCAAGCUCCUUAACAAGUACCGACCCGAGUCUAAGGCCGAGAAGAAGGAGCGAUUGGUCAAGGAGGCUACUGCGAUCAAGGAGGGCAAGAAGAAGGAGGAUGUCAGCAAGAAGCCCUACGCUGUCAAGUUCGGUCUGAACCACGUUGUCGGCUUGAUCGAGAACAAGAAGGCUUCUCUCGUCCUAAUCCCCAACGACGUUGACCCCAUCGAGCUUGUCAUCUUCCUGCCUGCUCUGUGCCGAAAGAUGGGCGUCCCCUACGCCAUCAUCAAGGGCAAGGCCCGCCUCGGAACUGUUGUCCACAAGAAGACCGCUGCCGUCCUCGCCGUCACUGAGGUCCGAUCAGAGGACAAGAACGAGCUCUCUAAGCUCGUGAGCGCUAUCAAGGACGGUUACCUAGCCGGAUCUGAGAACGCUCGACGACAGUGGGGUGGUGGUAUCAUGGGUGCCAAGGCCAACAAGCGCAUCGAGAAGAAGAAGAAGGCUCUGGAUUCGGCCAUCAAAGUCUAA